UAUCUCCCUUGAACUAAUUCUUAUAUUCGUGUCGCUGCCAGACCGUUUUUAUUCCUCACAUUGUUUAUACAGUUUUGCAUUAUCCUAUGUAUCAUAUCCUAUAAGGUUCGACAUAGGAAAGAUUCGACUACUAUUUUCUGCACGGCCAACCACAUAGAGGGUUCCGUGUUGGAAGUGCUUGUAUACCAAAUCAAUUUUCUAUAUAAGCUGACACCCUAAUCAAGAAGACAGUGAUAUCAAUAUGAAGAACAUACUAUUUACCAUAGUCUUCACGGCACUGCUUACCUUGGCUGCUGGCUUUGUCUAUAAGUGUGACAAUCAGGACUGUUCUAGCUGUCCUUCUGUGGAAAAUUGUGAGAAAACUCUAAAAUGUGGUUGCUGUAAAAUUUGUGUGAAAUUCAUUAAGGAAGAUGAAAUCUGCAUCUCUACAACCAAAAUGCUUCUGCAAACUCAUUUGGAAUGUGCUACAGGACUUUUGUGUAAUCCAUAUACCAAGAAAUGUACUAAAGAUCACAGUUUCCUCAACCAACUGCAAGAGAAAAAGCCUUCAUUUAAUAAUACUGUCAUCUGCCACAACGACAUAUGUUACUGCAGCUUUAAGGGACAAAUACUUACAGGAUAUACAGCUCUGCAUAUCAAUCAUCUUACUCCCUUGUCUUGUAACUGUGCUAGACACAAAGUUAACUAUAAGAAAUCAGGGUUACUUGGGAAACUGUUUCUGUGCACCAAAAAGGGUAGCUACGAGAACAUUCAGUGUAGUGGGUCAAGUUGUUAUUGUGCUGAUGAAUCUGGAAAACAAGUAAAGGAUAAAGAAGGAUUUCAUAUAAGUGAGAUCGAGAGUUACCAGUGUUAAUUAAGAUUAUAUUUUCCAAAAGGAAGCAUUCAGAUGAUUCUAGUGAUUCAAACUUCAUUGUCUGUAAACUGUAUUCAAAAUCCUUUUUAUAUUAUUGUUAUAGAGAUAGUAGUUAAUAGUGGAAAGAUGUUAUCAAUAGCCAAGCAAAAAUAACUUUAUCACCAACACAAUAUGAUGUUAAUGUUUUUCUUGUCACGUUAUUUCCACGUUAUUUAUAAUAUUUCUUAUUGAUGAAGGCAUUUCAAAUUUUGUUACGAAUCUGUUAUGCAUUUAAGUGUUUAAGCAUAUUUUUAUUAACUCAUGCAUUUAUUACUUGAUGUAUUUUACCCAGAAAUAAAAUAUUUUAAAGCAA